CAAAGGUGUCUAAGUAUGCGGCAUUUUCUGAUGUUCGCUGCCCUAUUUUAUGGGUUGGAACUGCAGUGUGUGGCCUUUUCUUUCUCUAAUCUGCACUCCCUGUUCGACAAAUUGAUUGAAAAAGGAACCCAGGUACUUCAAUCGAUUACCAACACCACGUCAGGGACGAAGAGCGAAAUCGUAGUGAUGGAUAUUUUACUUCAGCUGUGCCAAAAAGAACUGGCGAAUAGAAAAAUAGAAGCUGGUCAGAACACAAACAGUAACAAUAACAACAACAUAAACAACAUAGAUAACAUUAUUCAAAGCCCAACAGUCCAACAGCCGCCCAUUACCAUUAUCAUAAGGAACGGUAAUACCGAUUCUCGGCUUAAGCCGCUGCCCCCCCACAAGAGAAGAGGGAAAAUGCAUAUUUUAAGGAGAAAAUAUAGAUGGCAGAGAGAAUACCGGAUUGUUAUCGAGAACGAGAACUCUUCCAAGCCACGACGUCGGGCUAAUUACCAAAGCAAGCGUCUAUUGGGACGCACGGAGAAUGAUAACGACAAGGUUCAUGAAACUGUAGAUUCCAGUGUAGAGGACUGUAUACGUACCAAGCUCGACGAACUGGAAAACAACUGAUAUUGUUUAAAUAUAGUCACAUUUAUUAUUAUUUACUGCUAAGCAAGAUAAUGUUCGUAUAGUCACUGAGACAUCUUCAGUCAUUCACAAUUUGAUUCACAAGUUUAUUUCAUUCAUAGGGAGGAUAUGUAGAAACUGAGUAGCAGGUAGUACUAUAAAUAUGUUCAUUUUAUUUGAGCCGGUGGUCAUGGGGAUGUGAUUAGAGCCCUGCAUGAAUCCACAGUAUUCAUAAAAUCAUAGCUAU